AUGAAUUUUAAGAAAGAAACUUUAGAACUACUUGGAUAUGAAAGCAAUAAGUGCUCAAUUCCAAAAACUUUACUUGAUAACUUUACUGCUUUUUUUACUGAUCAAUAACAAUUACCUCUAACAAAUGAAUCUCAAGAAUGUAAUUAUUUCUAUACAACUGACCCUAGAUUUUGAGAAUGGAUUAAUAUUUAUGUCAGCUAUAAGUUAAAGUAACACGCCCUAGAUGUCAGCCCAAUAAUUAAGGUCUGUGCAAUCUAAAGGUUCCAAGGGAAAGAUCAGAACUUUUUUUCCUUAAAGUAAUUAUCAUCUAAUACCAUAAUUAGAAUGGCCCGUUCACAAAGCCAACAUGAGUCCAUUUUCAUUUUCAAAAUUUUCUCACUUUCAAUCUUUGACAAGCCGAUAUUGGUACUACUUGGACAAUAGUAAUUAUAUCUAAGGUUAGAUCUAUUCUAAAAUUUUUAGGUCCCUUUUCUUGUGUGGAAAUGGACAACUGGUAUCGGAAAAAUCUCCUCAAUCCUGAUCUGUUGAUUAGCUACAAGUCUCAUGAUCUGACUUCGUUUGUGAAAAUCAAAGAUAUCUUAAAGGAUUCCGAAAAUCCUAAAUGCGAUAAAAUGUUGCGCCAACUUCAUAAAAGGGCAUCAAGUGCUAUAAGAAUUAGUAUAUUUUGCGUUUACAAUUAGAAGAUCAAAAUUCAAGUACUUCACCUGUAAGCAAGGCGUCAACUGAAAUAUCAACUAGCAACAACAACAGCUGCUAAAAAUCUAGAUAACCAAUUUGGGGAGUUGAUACCGAGUAUUUUUUAGGUUUUUGA